GCAGUGGUGAGUGAGGAACUGUCCAUGGAGGUACAGUACUGUAGACUCUUGCUCCGUAGUGUCAACUAACCUCUUGUUUACCUCACUCGUCUUCUAGCCUACUCACACCGACUGACACAAUGGGUGACGCUAACAAUACUCAUAGCAUUGCGGACUACCUAGCCCAACUCUUAAAGGAUAAGAAACAGCUCGCAGCCUUCCCCAGUGUUUUCAUACACGUCGAAAGACUUCUCGAUGAAGAGAUCAACAAGGUGCGGGCGAACUUGUUCCACAUCAAUGGCGGUGCCAAGGAGCCUCUCUCCCUGCCAGAUCCCGUGGGAGCCUCCGUGACGCUCUCCGACAAGGUCUACGUCCCUGUCAAGGAGCACCCCGAGUUCAACUUCGUGGGUCGAAUACUAGGGCCGCGCGGUAUGACGGCCAAACAGCUAGAGCAAGAGACCGGGUGCAAGAUCAUGGUGCGCGGGAAGGGCUCAAUGCGGGACAAAAAGAAGGAGGAGCAGAACCGCGGCAAACCCAACUGGGAGCACUUAAAUGAGGAAUUGCAUGUUCUCAUUACUGUAGAAGACACAGAGAACAGAGCCAAACUUAAAAUUCAGCGGGCAAUUGAAGAGAUCCGAAAGCUGCUUGUUCCAUCAGCUGAUGGUGAAGAUGAACUCAAGAAGAGACAGCUGAUGGAGCUUGCCAUUAUCAACGGCACAUACAGAGAUUCUUCCAGCAAGAAUGCAGUGGCCUUUUUGGCCUCUGCCCAGAGCAGCCACUAUAACGGGGGUCGACUGUACCCAGUGAACGAAUUUGAGGCACUGGGUCAUCUUGCAGGGGAGGCACCACGCCUCAUCACGCCAGGAAUGACACUCCCGUCUCCGCUGCGCACAACUACACCGCUGGGUGGUCCUCCUCUCAUCAUGCCUGCAAGGAUCCAUGUUCCAACUUCAAAUGCGCUGAUAAAUGGAACAGGAAAUGCUGGGAUGCCGCCACCACUGAUUGCUGCAAGUGAUGCAUCUGCUAGUCUCCUGUAUGCUGCUCCAUAUGCCGCUGCUGCAGAGUAUGCUGCCAACUACGCUGCCCUCACCUCCCCCCUCCUCACUGAGUACCCCCCGGACGCUGCUGGUGUAGCGGCUAAGCAGCGGCGCCAUUUGGGCCAGGCACGGGAGCACCCCUAUCAAAGGACGGGUACGCUCUCGUAGGCCACAACCCAGGUUAG